UUCCAGGCUUCCGGGCUCCGGCAAUCAUCCAACCCGUGUACAGCAAGCGAAAGCGAAGCGAAGCCCUCCCCACGAACGAAACCUUCAACUUGCCUUUCCCGAGACUGCUCUCCGCGGCCAAAUCCACCACGACCUCCCUCCCCGCCUCUCCAAUCCGAUCCGAUCCAAACCCCCAUGGAUUUUUUCAAGUCCAUCCUCGCCGAGCCCGAUCCGGACCCGACCUCCCCGCCGCCAGAGCAGGACCCUGAGUCCGCUCCCGCCGGAUCCGCCUCCUCCGCGCCCGCCGCUCCCGCUCCCGCUGGCGGCGGCGGCGGCGGGUGGGGCUUCGGCGGGCUGCUCAAGACGCUCACCUCGCAGUCCGAGACCGUGCUGGAGACCUACCGCCGCGACCUCGCCGAGUUCGGCACCGGCCUGCGCCGCGAGACCGAGGUGCUCCGCGAGGCCGCCGCCCGCGCCGCGCGGGACCUCCCGUCCUCCGCGCACGCGCUCGACGGGCUCGCGGACAUCGUCGCGCAGGGCAAGGACGCGCUCUCCCAGGUCGCCGCCGCCGCGGCUGCCCCAGUCUCCGCGCACUCUGACGGCGGCGAGUCGGAGCAAAGCUCCGCCGCCGGGGCCCACGUCCGGUACAGCCGCUUCGAGGCGCAGCUGCGGGCGCUCCAGGCGGAUCCGGCCACCUUCACCGCCGAUCCCGAGGAUGCAGAGGACUUCGCGGCUUGGAGUAAAGGGUUUAGUUUGGAUGAGAGGAAGGACGAUAUCGAGGCCUUGUGCUACGAUAGCGACGCGCUGGAAGCCAUGGUCGACAGGCUAGUGCCGGAAACCGUGGAGAGCGAGGUAUUCUGGGCGAGGUACUUCUACCGUGUCCAUAAGCUGAAGCAGCAGGAGGACGCGAGGGCGAAGCUCGUGCAGCGUGUGAUUGCUCAGGAGGAAGACGAGGAUUUGAGCUGGGAAGUGGAUGAUGAGGAUGAGGAGGAAGAGCAGCAGAAAGAGGCUGCAAAAGAGCCAGUAGCAAGGCAACAAGAGGCGACCAAAGAAGUGAAUCAUGAAGUGGAAGCGAAGGAAAAUGAGAGAAUGCUGGAAGAACCGGCUACUUUGGAGGGGGAACAUAAGAAUGCUGAUGAGCCCCAACCAGUGGUUUUAGGUAGCUCUUUGGUGGUAGUGGAUGAGGAAGAGAAGGAAGGGCACUCCAAGUCGAAUGUUGAAGAAUCAGGUGACAAGAAAGAAGCGGCAAAGCAUGAGACCAGUGAUUCAAGCAAGGAUAGUGAUUACUCCAUAGUGUCUAGACAACGAACGAUGGAGGAAGAGGAUCUUGAAUGGGAUGAGAUUGAGGAUCUUGGAGAGCAUGAAGAAAAGAAGGGUAGCACCCACGACCCAAGCCCUGCUCUGAAGGAGGAGUUGAGAAAGAGGCUGAGUGUAGCUGAAGAUGAUGAGGAUUUGAGUUGGGAUAUCGAGGAUGACGAUGAUAAGUCUUGAAUACUCAUGAAUGCUGGUAUGGAAGUGUCAAUUGUAUUUCUACAUUUCUUACCUUUCAUUACUCAAGAAAAUACUGUGAUUCAGCCAAUAAAUAUUGGUUAAUUGCACUGCUUAUGCUAUGGAUAUGUGUGUAAACUGUAAACACUCUAGUUCGAUGAUAUCAAGUGGCAAUUGGCUAAAAGCGUCAAUCUACUCUGUUGUCUCUGUGGUGUUGUAAAUAUGUUGAGUUUAUUUGACUGCUGUGUUAUACUGUUGUUUGGAAA